AUGGCAAGGGAGAUACAGACUUCACGUAGACUUGAAAACUGUCAGGCGAUACAAUGUGCUUGUGUAGGGGAGUUGUGGUGCGAUAGCAGCUGUCAGUCACCCGGUGUCCAAGACGGGAGCCUAACAGGCCUAGAAGCGCUCCCUCUCUGCUUGGCUGCUGAGGCUGAAGAUGAACACCACAAGAGCGAGUGGGAGGAAUCGGAGCGCCCGAGUCUCACGAAUGUUGAGCAGAUAGUUGCUACCUGUACUAAGUACGGUGAAAGCCUGCAGUUCAGCAAUUAUGCCGCUCAGACCGCCUUGCCCUAUCAAAUCGCCAGCCUGAGCGCAAGGCAAAAACAAAAGCAGGGCAACAGCAGGGGUGCGCCUGCCCCCGGUCAUCUUCAUGUGUCGCCAUUACGUCUUGCCCCGCUGCUUCAUGCAGGCGCUGCGGCCAAGUCCCUCCUUCCAAGGCCCCCAAUUCGACAAUAUCUUUUGGUCCUGCCUCUCGCAAAUCUUGCAGCCGAAGUUUCUUUUUACUUCUUCAAACCUCUUCCAGCUGUUAGUUGCCCUUACGAGUAUAUCUGCUGCAACACCAGCAUCAACGCGCCAGAUUCCAACAGAAACAUCGACAGAAGCGCAUCUCAGCUGACUAUUGCACCAAAGUAA